AUGCAACCAACAUUUCUGGAAAUGAGGCUGGGAAAUUUUCCGAAGAGAUUUAGAAAGUGGAGAAGAGAAGGAUUGUUAAGAGUACUCUUUGCAAUGAAAGAAGUUCUCGGAGCCAUUGCAUGUAGAGGACGCUUGAUGCUUGUGGACAUGGCUGGCUCUGAAAAUAUUGAGCAAGCUGGCCAAAUUGGAUUUGAGGCAAAAAUGCAGACUGCAAAGAUCAACCAAGGAAACGUAGCUCUCAAAAGAGUGGUUGAAUCCAUUGCCAAUGGUGAUUCUCAUGUGCCUUUCAGAGACAGCAAACUGACCAUGCUUCUACAGGAUUCUUUCGAAGAUGAGAAAGAAGAGGUUGCUGCACUGAGAGCUAAACUUGAGCUUAUGGAAGGGACGGGAUCUGGGAAAAAGGAGGAAGAAAUCAACUUGAAGGUGACUGACCGUGAGUUGGAAAAGAAGUUGGAGGAAUGCCAGCGUGAUGGAAAUGGUAAGGAGAGUGGGACAAAGGACCAUGAUGGAACCCAGUUUGCCAAAAGGUUGUUAGGGAUCUAUGCCAGUGAUGAUGCAGGAGGAAUGGUAGAGUCAAUGGAUUUGGACAUGGGUGAUCAAGAACCUUUUGCUCGUGAGGUGAAAUAUGUAGGUGGGGUUGCUUAUCAAUCUGACAGCAGUAUUGUAAAUGCUGUAAACAUUGAUUCUUUUGAACCAAAAUAUGCUGAUAGGGUAUGCCUAAGCACUGUUUUUGAGGAAGAAGAAAUGGAAGAAGAGGAAGGACUUGAGGAAAAUGUGGAAGCUGAAGAAGUGGAGAAAGAUUAUCAACAUACACCAACUGUGAAUCGGCCAAGCAGAAAUCCAGGGGAAGAAGAUGGCAAGGGGGGACCAGAUGAUAGGCUUGUCAGGAUCCGCAACAUAUUUACACUCUGUGGAAACUACAGAGAGCUCUCUCAACAUGUGACAACUCCAGCACCUACUGUUGCAUCAGUUAAAUAA